AUGGAUUCGAACAUGAUGACGGCACAGAUGGGACAGGCACCGUUCCUCUACUACACGCCAGACCCCAAAGCAGAUAGCCGACAGCACGGCCACUUCAGCCAACACCCAGGCUUCCAACAGAUGCAGCAGCAGAUGUACCCUGUGGUGCCAACGCUCCCCUCCACGCCCAUCUACUCCAGACCAAACUCGUCCUGCUCGCAGCAGGGAGUACCGGCCCAAGUGUUCAACCCCGUGCCCAGCAACAUCACCCCAAUGGCCUCACCCCAGGCGGCGCAACGGCCCGGGAUACUCGUCCCCAGCCAGCGGGCAAAGCUGAUGCUGGAGACGGACAUGGGUGAGCACGACAGCUUCUACCCGGCCACGCCGGCGCUCUCGACUUCGGGCAGCUCGAUGGGCAGCCCCUGCAACACGCACGACGUCUUGGCGACGCCAUUGAACCCGAUGUUCUCGGGCUUGGACGGAUGCGAGACAAUCAAGGCGGAACUCGAGGCCACACCGGAGAUCCUGGAGGGACUGGACUGGUCCAGCUUCGGCUCACCCCCACUUACACCUGUGUACUUGCACCACUCGCACGCGCACGCGCACUCGCAGACACCUGCAGCCACCAACUUCCCCUGCUCGCUUAACACAAGCAUCUCCAGCAUCUCCAGCGACCUCCUUUCCACAACAUCGCCCUCCUGCCCAUCCCUCUCGCCAUCACCCUCGCCCUAUGCGUGCUCUGUCGCAUCUGCAUCCACCUCUGACCAAGACCAAGUCGAUUUCUGUGACCCCCGCAACCUGACUGUUGGCGGCCUCGCAAAUACUGCAUUGGCCCUUGAAUUUUCUGCCCCUGUCGCAUUGGAGGAAUUCAGGGGGGACACUGACGCCUGCCAAACUCCACUGCCCGACUCCUUCGAUUUCAGCCCGUCAAUUCACCACGGCCUGCCAACAUUUGACGACAUCUCCGACCUGGAAUCUGAGGACGAUUUCGUCAACCGUCUUGUCAACCUCGGCGAGCAACCCAACCCCGACGUGAAGAGGCCGCGUUCUGCUACCUGCUCCACCACGCUGUCGCUUGGCCACGAUUCGUUCCUGACCGAAGGUGAAUUUGACUCGGACGACAGUACUUCUUGCGCAGUCACCGGUCUUCCCAGCCCUUCAGCAUCCUCAUCAGACCCUGACUCUCACAAGGGCAAGAAGUUCAAGAAGUCCAAGAAAGAGACCCGAAAGUCUGCACCAACCAUGACUGUCGCUGCAGACUCCAACUCAGGCGAGGGUCAGGGCCAACAACAGGCACCUGUCCAGACUGUCGCCAACCAGAGCGCUGAUAACACUGGAUCUACCUCGGGCUCCAGUGCACCCGCGGGCAUAGUGCCGGCACCUCCUACUCGCCGAGGCCGCAAGCAGUCGUUAACCGAUGACCCCAGCAAGACUUUUGUCUGCGAGCUCUGCAACCGCCGAUUCCGUCGCCAGGAACACCUUAAGCGACACGUCCGCUCUCUGCACACCCUUGACAAGCCUUUUGAGUGCCAUGAGUGCGGCAAGACCUUCUCCCGCAGCGACAACCUGUCCCAGCAUGCGCGAACCCAUGGCAGUGGUGCCAUUGUCAUGAACCUCAUCGACGGUAGCGAGGAGCUAGACAUGAUGCCUGCCGGCGAAGCCGACUACCACAACUUUGGCAAGGUGCUAUUCCAGGUCGCCUCCGAAGUCCCUGGCAGCGACUAUUCCGAUGACUCGUCAAGCGAUGUCAGCGACAAGAAGCGCAAGCGAUCUGACUAG